CGCUCACAAAUGUUCCUGCUGUAUCAAGAGAGGUAGGGAAGUCUUGAAAAGAGAAGCACUGAGGGAGCAGCUAGCUUCCUAGUCUCCGUUUUUUUAGGCAAGUCACUUCUGGAUAUUUAGUACGGUAUAUGAAGAAGAAAUAUUGAGCUCUGGCGUCGUUUCUGUUCUCACUCAGCCAUAAUAAUGGCAGGCAUUGAAAGACACUGCUCAAGGUUGGAAACUCCUUGUGUUCCCUGGCAGAGUGGUCCUUAGUACUUGGAUCUCAAGCUCCCACAGAGCUUUUAUCUACAUUUUCCUUGGUUGGGAAGCGACUGCCAGAGGAAGAGAUAUCUGGAUGAAGUAGUGCUGGGGAGUGUCAGUGGUCAUGGUGACUGCUCAGUCUGGCGUUUUUUGGUGAAUGGACUAGGGCUUGCUGUGACCAUGCGUUGCCUGGCAGCCCGGGUCAACUACAAGACCCUGAUCGUCAUCUGCGCCCUUUUUACCCUCAUCACCGUGCUGCUGUGGAAUCGUUGCUCCAGCGACACCGCCCUGCACUUCCUGCCCCGGGCUCCCCCGGUGGCACCCAGCCCCAAGGGCGGAGAUGCCAGCAUCAGCAGCCAGCAGCAACAGCCUCCGCAGCCUCCCGAACCGCCGCCCGUAGUGGGCGGGAUCAAGUACGAAGAGAUUGACUGUUUGAUCAAUGACGAUGUUACGAUCAAGGGUCGAAGAGAAGGUGGGGAUGUGUACUUUCCCUUCAGUUGGAUGGAGAAGUACUUUGAGGUGUACGGGAAGGUGGUGCAGUAUGACGGCUAUGACCGCUUUGAGUUCCAGCACAGCUACUCAAAAGUGUACGCUCAGCGUGAGCCGUACCACCCUGACGGAGUGUUCAUGUCCUUCGAGGGUUACAACGUGGAGGUGCGCGACCGCGUCAAGUGCAUCAGUGGAGUGGAAGGUGUGCCCCUCUCCACCCAGUGGGGCCCCCAGGGCUACUUCUAUGCCAUCCAGAUCGCCCAGUACGGUCUGAGCCACUACAGCAAGAACCUGACGGAGCGCCCCCCCCACGUGGAGGUGUAUGACACGGCCGAAGAGAGGGACAGCCGGCCGGCCAGCCCCGGCUCCUGGAGUGUGUCCAAGGGCUGCAGCCUGACGCGAGUCCACGACAAGGGGCGUGCCACCUCCGUACGACAGUUCAGCGUGCCAGAAAACUCUGAGGGCAUCUCGCUCCCAUUGGGCAACUCCAAGGACUUUAUCAUCUCCUUCGACCUGAAGUUUACCUCCAACGGCAGCGUGUCAGUGGUCCUGGAGACCACGGAAAAGGGCGCGCCUUUCGUCAUCCAUUACAUCACCACCAGUCAGCUCAUUGCCUUCAAGGACCGUGACAUUACCUAUGGCAUUGGGCCACGUGGCGCCUGGACGACAGUGACCCGCGACCUGCUUACCGACCUUCGAAAGGGAGUGGGACUGUCCAACACUAAGGCUGUUAAGGCCACCAAGAUAAUGCCCAGGCGUGUGGUGCGCUUGGUGCUUCGUGGGCGCGGCGCCAUCGACAACAUCACCAUCUCCACAACGGCGCACACUGCUGCCUUCUUUGCUGCCAGUGACUGGCUGGUGCGUAACCAGGACGAGCGCGGCGGUUGGCCCAUCAUGGUCACCCGCAAGCUGGGCGAGGGCUUCCGCCCGCUGGAGCCUGGUUGGUACUCGGCCAUGGCCCAGGGCCAGGCCAUGUCCACACUGGUCAGAGCGUACCUGCUAACCAAGGACCCGUCAUACCUCAACGCCGCCCUCAAGGCAGUAGGACCCUACAAAAUGCCCUCAGAGCAGCACGGAGUCAAAGCCGUCUUCAUGAACAAAUAUGACUGGUACGAGGAGUACCCCACCACGCCCAGCUCCUUCGUCCUCAACGGCUUCAUCUACUCCCUCCUCGGACUGUACGACUUGGCCGAGACAGCGGGCGACAAGUUAGGGCGUGAGGCAGGACAGUUGUUCAGCCGGGGCAUGGAGUCUCUGAAAGCGAUGCUGCCCCUCUAUGACACAGGCUCGGGGAGCAUAUACGACCUGCGGCACUACAUGUUGGGCACAGCACCUAACCUGGCGCGCUGGGACUACCACACCACGCACAUUAACCAGCUGCAGCUGCUGGCGUCGGUGGACAAUGCGCCCAUCUUCAGGGACGUGGUGAAGCGCUGGAAGAGUUACCUAAAAGGGGGUCGCGCCAAGCACAAUUAGGGGAAACCCCCUUCCCCCUUGACUCUUAGAUUGAUUUAAAAUGCUUGACUUGGGGACGUGAGGGCAGGGGAGUUGUUUCACUUCAUGUGGGUAUCUUGUAUGUAACUCAUCAACAUGGGUUUGUGGGUGACCUCCUAAGAUUGGGAGAGGGUGAGGAUUGUAUUCAGUCAAUUGCAGUCUCCAAUGCAGAGAACUUUCUCUUGCGGUAGUUUGUUUUUGUAGCGUUGCUGCUCUUCUCUUUUCUGAGCUGAGUGGUUGUAAUUAAGUACAGCCGUAGCUUCAGGGAGUGUUUGUGUAUGCAGAGCGAAAAUUGGUUCAAAACAACUAUUGUAAACAAUGUUAAGAAAGAAGAAUGGAGAGGAUUUUAUUCAACCGCUUCUUACAUUUCUAUUACAAGUCUCUCCUCCAAGUGUAUUUUUUUACAGUCGUUCCUGUGUUUUGAAUAGCUUACAAGAGACAGUACUGUAAAUAAUAGAUUAAGUGUGAUAUAAAUUAUUUGGAGGAGAGACUUAACCAAAAAGAAAAAAAGUUGUACAAAUUUAUUACAUAUUUAUAACUUGCGCGUUCAGAAUUUUACUUCUCCAAACUAUUUUGUAAACCCCCACUUAAUUACAUCUACCAAGGUCUUCCCGGCAACUCAAGAUUCCUCACUUAUAAUAGCUUCCUUGUGUGGGAAAUCACACCAACCCCCACCCCCCCCACACACACACACACACACACACACACACGCACACUCUCUCACACACACACAUACACACACACACUAUACCAACUAUAACAUUGGGGAAAAUGAAAAUCGGACUCGAGCUCAGGCCAGCCUCUGACCUCAUAUCCGAGCAGGUCAUUAACACUCCAGUCCUCCCUACCUCCUCGUCGCAGGCUCAUCCCUCCAGAUGAACCCCUGUCGACAGGAGCGUGCGGCCUGAACGCUCCACAAGCCUCAGCAGGGCAGCACUCCGCUUGAUUGCGGUGAGACCAGGCUGUGUUCCAGCUGAGCGAUGGAGAGGCAGCUGCAGCAUUCCCUGAAGCCUGGCCACAAUAUGGCCUCCAUGAUGAACCCUGCUGAUCCAGCACCCUUGUUCAUAUACUGCCGUGGAGACGCUGGGUGAAGACUAGCUGGAGGAGUAAGUUAGCUUUUGAAAAAGCAAGCUAGCCUUUUCAUUGAGGUAGCAGAGGGUUGACAUUUACUCGCAGCCUGGAGUGAGUUAGCCCUUCCGUUUCGCAUAUCACUGUUUUCAAUCGCCAGUAAAUAGGGCCGAGAGUCUGAGAAGCAGUGGGAGUUGAUCAGUUACUCUUCCUCAUUUAUAGUCCUCUUCUUUUUGUGUCUUAAACCAUGACUGGAAAGAAAGGGAAUCCAUAGUGAAGUUCUUCCUCUGGCAGAUCUAAGUACGAGUCAUCCCAGUUCCAUCAUUCUCUGUGCACUCGUCUGGGUGAGUGGUGGAGUUAGCCAAUUGGGCCCGACCACAUUGUUCAUCAAUAUCUUUCAGUUUCUUAACAAGAACAUGUUUUUGAACGCUGCCUUAAUUCUUGGCCCACAAAUUCAUUCAAAGAGGCCCUUGCAUCAGUUGCAUGCGUGGGCUCACUUUAUCCCCAAGAUGGCCUGUUGACAGGUGAAUGAGAGCAAAGAGAGUUGCAGAGCCACCUCCAAAUUCAGUCAUUUAAAAGGUUGGAGAGCCACAGCAUUAACCAGUGAGUCAGCGCACUCCGAGUAGCUCCCUGCUAAACAAACAGCGUGUGGGACUAGCUGAGGGGGGGGGGGGCUACUGCCCCAGGCAGGGUUUGAAGAUGAUUAGAAGGUUUUGUAGUUGUGUCGGGUAUUUAGCAUUGCCCUCGAGUUUAUGUAGAGUGAGGAUUUACAAAGAUACUCGGUUCAAGCAAGCACUCUUCUUUUGUUUUUUUUAUUGUUUUUUUUUACUAAAUACAUAUUUUUUUGUUUCCCAAAUUUGGGUUAAUCAGUCUCAUUAAUGGUACACCAAACAGGGAAGUACACAAUUGUUUCAUUGAUGUGUGAUGUGUUCAGGCACUACCAUCUACCCAUAUACAUUGGAAGUUGAUUUGCAAUGAUAUCUGGGAAAUCACUGGUAGUCAAGUUUUUAGUGAUCACACAAAUUCUUUUGAUCACAGAUCAUCUUCUUUGAUGCUCUUCCUGUUUAAUACCUGAGGUGGAGGCAGAUGAUUGGCUGUUAAGAUAUUCAACUUUGAAGCUUUUAUUUGUAUAGGUUAGAAGGGACGUACUUAAGCAUUAUAAUCCCAUUCUUGUUUUCAUUGCUCCUCCAUGGUUGGUCAUUUCAUAAUGUCAUUUCUUCUCAUGAAUAUGAUUAUGCAUAGUUCCUACUUGCCAUUUUAGAGAGAAAAUGAAAGUAUGGAGUAACACAUCUAUAAACGGAACUUGUAUAGUUACCAAUUGAGUGUAUUGUAAAGAGAGCUUAAUUUUUAUUCAUACCAAAGCUUUUAAUUAAAUUCAAGGUCAUUUUCAAUGGUGUUUUUGUUGUAUUUUAUGAAUAUAUUUGUGCUUAUGUCCAUGAUGCAUUUGUUUAGAGCAAACAUAGAUGCUCAAGAUGUCCGUAGACGGCAUACAGGAAAGCUUAAUGAGUGUGUUGGUCUGCCUUCCCUCUGUCAAGCGACAGAGACUUUAACUGCCUUUUUGACAAUGAAAUGUUUUGUUUUUGAAAUGACAAGUUAAGUAGGUCUAGCAAAGAAAAAAUAUGUAAACUCAGCUGUCUAAGGGGAUGUGUGCAACAGUACAACUAGCGUUUAGAUUUCUAUUUCAAAGGGAAAAAUAGGAUCAUACCUUUGUACCCCGCUUGAGGUAUGAGGGUUUUUACAAACUUUUUCUUUUCUUGUUUAAAUUAUGGAAUCAUUCACCUAGGGUAAGCUUUUGUUAUUUUGGAUAGAGAGUAAAGCACAGAAGCACAAUUGCAUUAGUUGUUAUGUUUUAGUUUCUUCUGGACAAUGUGCAACGCCUUCCUUUUGAAAGCUGCUAUUGUUGUUCACUGUGUAACAAGAUGAUUUUUGUAAGAUCUGUUUUACUUUCUUUUCUCCUUACAUCUUGUUUUCCCACACCCCCACUAUCCUGUAAAUUGGCAUGUGCAGAUCUGGUCACAUGACUUAUGCAAUAAAAUGUUUACUGGGUCCUAUUGCCGUGGGAUACCCAGAGAGCGGUUGGACAGACUUUGCAAUCCAAGCACAAUGUGCACAUGCUACCAUUUUUGUAUGCAGAAGAAAGUGUUUAUAUAUAUAUAUAGAGAGAGAGAGAGAGUAAAUCUUUGUGCUUAAAAUUGCUUUCUAAAGUUGUAAAAUAAAGGGUUUUUCUUAA